UUAUAAUUUCCAUGAAUUCCACUUCUUCGCUCCAACUACAUGGACUCCGCCAAAUAAAACGCCGGUAAUAUCCUUGAUGGUAGCAGAGUCUCAAAAUGUCUAGCGAAACUGAAGCUCCCCUAGACAGCACUCUGGACGCGGCGGCGCCAGUUUUCUCACCUACCGCCAAUGCCAAAUUUUCCAUUGGCGACGAGGACAUGAGGCUUUUUAAUGAAGCUGUUCGUUCUUUGCCUUCUCAUGCCGUUAAAGAUUUGCUGCGCAAUGGGAUAUGCAUGAGAUGCAUCUUUCGGCUACUUGGAGUCCAAGGACAUAUUUUCUUUACCUAUCCUCUCUCGCGGUCCCUGAUGCAUAAUAUACUUGGAGAGUCUUGGAAAGAUGACGAAGAUAUGAAAGGUUGUUCUACAUAUAAUGAAUCAGGAGUUGAUAAAGAAAUAUGCAAUGUUUGUUUGGGCAUCUUGCAAUUCAUUCAUCGUGAUGAUAAAGGAGUACUAGUGAAAAAACACAAUGCUGUUAACUUAUGCGUAUCAAUUGCUGAAUUAAUAAAGCAAGAAGGUCAUCAGAUUGAUAGCUUUUCACUUGAAGUCUCUAUAGCACCAAUUAUCCAGGAAAAUGAACGUGUUAUUCGAUUGUAUAUGGAAAGGAAAUACAGAUCAGAGCUAUGGUUCCAAGAAAGUGUUUCUAAAUGUAUUUGUACAAAGGAAGCACUAAAGUUUGCAAUAGCAAAUCCACUUGAAAGGUUGUUGGAUGUAAAAUCUGGUCCAAGCUCUUGCCGUAUUCGUCUAACUUACACGCAAGCUAAGCCAUCAGGUAUAGCUCCAAAUUCAGUGCCUGGAGGUGAAGGUUGCAAGAGAAGAAAAACAGGCAUUACUGAUGCUCCAGAGUCUGUUAAUAAUGAGUUAAUCAAUGCUAGGAAUGGAUGUUUUGAUUCCUCUAUGUACAAAGGAAUUGAUUCCUCUGAGAGUUCUUUCUGUGGUCUGGAAAAUCAUGAAUCUUCUGAGUGCAUCUUCCCCAAGGAAAAAGUAAAGGAGCCCUGCAACUUGUUAUUUCUUUGUUACAGGACACCUAUCUACUUUGGUGGAAGAUACCUGAAGUUCUCAAGGAAUGUAAGUCAGACACGUUGGAUCAUUGAUGAUGAAAGAAUGGGAGAAGCAUCCAUUGAGGAGAUAAUCGGUGGCAGCAUUUUUCCAAUGUGUCAGGGUGAUAGCUACAAGUUUCAUGCAGCUGGUAGAGAGGAUAUUGAUGUCCGAAUGCUGGGUUCUGGUAGGCCUUUCCUGGUCGAGAUACAAAAUCCCCGCCAACUCCCAUCUGAGACCCUUGUAAAAGAAAUAGAAACAAAGAUAAAUAACAUGCAUGAUAAAUUGGUUGGCGUUAGACAUCUUAAAAUGGUAUCCAAUCACGGUUGGACUCUGAUGCAUGAAGGGGAAGCAGAAAAGCAGAAGCAGUAUUGUGCACUAGUGUGGAUUUCACGCCCACUUGAGGAUCAAGACUUGCAGUCUAUUGCUUCCUUAAAGGAUAUGCAAAUUUUGCAGAGAACACCAGUGAGGGUGCUCCACCGUCGAAGUCCAUUAGAACGUCAAAAGAUUAUACAUUGGAUGAAAAUCGAAAGGCUUACUGGGAGCUGUCAAUAUUUUCUUUUGCAUCUAUGCACCCAGGCUGGGACAUAUAUCAAAGAAUUUGUUCAUGGGGAUCUGGGACGUACACACCCAAGUUGGCGUGCUCUGACCCUAAGCAUAGAGAAUGAAUUUAUGGACAGCCUUGCUUAUGCUGGUGCCAUUAGAUAUAGCAUUGGAUCGAUUCUAGGAUGCAGAGCAGAGAUUUUGCAGCUUGAUGUUACUGAAGUAAAAAUGGAUUGCUUCCUGGCUGAAUGAGUUGGGCAACUUGACAUUUACUGAAGUGGAAAAUGAUUUAUUUCCUGACUGAAUAAGUUGGUUGCCAUCAAUUGUGAGAAUACCGUUGCAAUUUGAUAUUUGACUUCAAAUACUUUAUUGCCAUUUGAGAGUUAAAAAAACAAAGCCUAAUAAAAUUAGAAAAAUCUUAUGGAUGUGUAGUAUAAUAUCCCUUUGAAAAAGUGAUGAUAAGUCCUUUUGUCA